AAGCUUGAUUAUGACGGGAUCGCUGCAGUAUAAGGAGUCCCAUUAUUUGCUUUCAGUCUCGGCAUGUUGAUUAUGUGUUCACUGAUGACCGCAGGGCAAGAUACAUAUUUGAAUAAGUACCGUGACGCGAAUGUCCAUUUCCGUCGGAAUUACAUCACUUUUCUCAGAAAAACUCGGUCUUCCGAGAAACGGACUCGGUAGUUAUACAAGCCAAGUGAGAAGUUUGUAGAAAAGUUUUAUAACCCGUAAGUUGGAAAGCUUGAAAUCCAGUUAUUAAGUUGUUCUUUUUUUCAAGACGCAUAUCUGUUAUCAUGAUUUCUUUGCCGCAUCUCUCUGCCUUCACAGUAAGGCGGAAACACUAAUGACGAGCGAGAUAGGACUGGCAAUUUCUGAGCAUGGAAGAUUGGCUGUUGUCAAGAGAAGUGAAGGACGAAUUGAAUUGACCUGCAGUUCAAGAGAUGUUCAUGAUUCAAGUCAUCAAACAAUUACUGAAGAUCUUUUGAACCCUUACGAUAUCUGCUUCGCACCAAACAAUCUCAUUCGCCAUCUCCAUCUCCGUCGAAUCGCAGCUGUGAUGGCACGAAGCAUGGUACAAAGCCUCCAAAGUGAUAGAAUGGCAAUAUCCGAAGAAGGACAAGUUGCUGUCAUAAAGACACUUGAAAACUGCAUAGAAAUUUAUGGUGAAGAUGUCGAUUUUGGUAUUGAAUGGAUGGCAAGAAGGAUUGCUGUGGGUUUAUUGAAGCCUUGUGAUCUUUGCUUCGCUCCAAAUAACGCCCUUGUGGUCUCGGACAUUGGCGAUGACACACUCAAAAUAUAUGACUUGAAAGGUGAUCUUCAACUGAAAAAUCAAAUUGUUGUUUGUCGUGAUACCUUAGGAAGGUUAAUGGUACGAGAGUUAAACUCUGAUUUUAGAAUGAUUAAGUUUAGAACUUCUGGAGUUCCUGUAACGGUAGUCAUUGGCCCUGGACCUCUAUCUCAACUAUUUAUAACGAGGAGAACGGAAGUAAUUCUUGUCAACGUAGACUGGAACAAGGUUAGCCUUGUCAGCUACCUUCUUAUUUCUUCUCCCCUAGAUUGGCGAUUAUUGCAAUUCGACAAAAGAUCGAUUUGUGAUAAUGUGAGCUCAGUGAAAGACCACAAAAACAAUCACAAGGUUGGUGGGUUCAAUCCUAUGGCAAUAACCGAAGCUCAGUUCUGUGGUAUGUUUUACCACGUAGCCGAAACGAACCGCACAAGAUUUUCUUGUCUUGAACGAUCGAAAUGCAAUGUUGGAAUUAGAGGGGACAGGAGGAAAUUUUCCGAAACGGUUGUGAUUUACGUUCGAAUAACAGAGGAAAAUGGUCGACUUUUAUUUCACGCCAGAUAUGGCAACUGCUACGAGGGAGCUUACGAAAGUACGACCCAUGCAGAAUAUUUUAUGCUAGUGGACGAUGAUUUUAGAGAAGCGGUCAAAAUUCUUCAAAAUCAGAACGGAGGAGACAUCAACUUGUUCAUGAACAAACAGCCUUGCUAUAAAUCUACAGGACAUGGUAAGAAAACGGACCUCAAGGUAAAGGAAUGUGCUCAAGAUCUGACCAAUUUUUACAAUCUUUAUUGUUUACCUUACAGAGUAAAACUGACUAUAAAUUUGUGUCAGUUGUACAAGAUCGAUAUGUCACCCAGCUCAGUCGAUAGAUCCCUGGCAUCAGACAUUGUAAAUGCUAGAGUAGGGGUGAAAAUGAUGUUAUCUUCUGGUAUUAAGCUGCUGGCAAUGAGAGAAGAAUCUUGGAAAUCGCUAGCUGAGAUAUCACACAUUCCGUUACCUGCCUAUGAAGGCAGUGAUCGUCAGAAACUAGAUCAAUACAUCGACCUAGUUAUUUCCAAAAUAAAAGGAACACCGUUUCAUUUACUUACCGAAUAUUUUCAGUUAGAUUUAGAAAUUUAAAGAGCCAUAGACCUUACUGCUCAAUCUGUACUGUAAUUUUGUCAGAAAGGGCAUCCGAGAAAAUCUUCCCUGUUGUUUAAAAAGUCAGAUUGAGUACAACUAGCCUUUUUUGUUUUGUGCUUGUAGUUUAAAGAAACUAAUUUUAUUCUUAAUCUUAAAUUCGUCAUUAUGAGUGGGCCUAUGACAGACCAGCAGUUAUUGUUCAGUUUCCGAACCUUGUUGGAUGCCUCUACCCUCUCCCUUCUGCCUUCUCUCUAGCUUACAUCAAUACAAAGGAUAUCCCUACCAAAAGUAAAACAAAAUUUUGGGAAAAGGACCUUUCCUUUUACUGGCGCAGAAAUUUUUGAUAAACAUUGUGAAGAGUGAAAACAUUCGAACGUUCUGCCGCUGAGCAAGACAUUUCUUUUUAUCUUAACUUUGAUAUUUUAUCUACUAUUUUAGGUCUUAAUUGUGUUCUGGCUUUGUAGUUUUAGGCUGUAAAUGUAGUUUUAAAAAUCUAGUCAUAUAUAUAUAUAUAAUUGAAAAUCUUGAUGUAAAUUAUUUUUAAGAAACAGGCCCCCUAUGGAUACCAGCCUUAGAGCUUAAUGGGCUACUCUGUGUGAAUAAAGCUUUACUUUACUAAAGAGCUCUACUCUAACGCUUGGCAUAAAUGCAACGGUCAUGUUAUGUGGAUGAGAUGAUUUCCCGGGAAAUUGA